GUCACCCGCAAGCUCGCAAGUGGUUGCGCACAAGAACGAAGGCAGUGACGAGUCCGGAGCACUCACUGACGAGGAAGACGCGGCAGAGAAGCUCAACAUCAUGCCCUUCGGCGUGAAGCUGAUCUGCACAGUGGCUGCGCUGAUGCUCGGAGUCUUGUGCAUGGCGCUCGACAAUACCAUCAUCGCAGUCGCCAUUCCUCGAAUAACAGAUACCUUCGGCAACCUCAACGAUGUCGGCUGGUAUGCUUCAGCAUAUUUGCUUCCUGGCUGCGCUUUCCAACUGCUGGCUGGGAAGCUGUACACUUAUCUCAGCAUCAAAUGGGUGUUCCUGACGGCGCUUUUCAUUUUCGAGGUUGGUUCUCUGGUCUGCGGUGUUGCGCCAACUUCGACGGCGCUCAUUGUCGGACGAGCCAUUGCCGGUCUCGGUAGCGCGGGCAUUUUCAGCGGUGCGAUGGUCACGAUUGCGCAUAUCGUCGAGCUUGAGAAGCGGCCGGUCUACUUCUCUCUUAUUGGCGGUGUCUACGGUCUUGCUUCAGUCAUUGGACCGCUAAUUGGUGGCGCUUUCACCGAUAAGGUGACAUGGAGGUGGUGCUUCUACGUCAAUUUGCCGAUCGGCGCAGUCACUGCUAUCCUUCUAGUGGUUUUCCUUCGCCUUAAGCCGCAUGACAAAAGCACUCGGAUACCGCUGCGUGCCCUUUUGUGGAAACUGGACCCGAUCGGCAGCACGAUCUUCGUACCUUCGAUCGUCUGCGUGAUCCUCGCUCUACAGAUGGGCGGCGUCACCUACGCCUGGUCCAAUGGUCGCAUCAUCGCCUUGUGGGUGGUAUUUGCGGUCACUCUGAUCGCAUUUUGUAUCCUACAAUGGGUUCUUCGCGAAAAUGCGACGGUGCCGCUGCGUAUCGCUCGGCAGCGUUCCAUAGCUUUCGCCUCGUUGUUUGGUUUCUGCAUUGGAGCUUCUUUCUUCAUCUUCAUAUACUUCGUUCCUAUCUGGUUCCAAGCCAUUAAGGGCACCAGUGCGGUGCAAGCUGGUAUCUACACCCUACCAUUGAUCCUUGCUGAGAUCCUCGGAAUCGGUCUGUCCGGCGGCCUUGUCACUAACCUGGGGUACUUUGCGCCUUUCUUCAUUGGCAGCUCGGUGAUCAUGUCCAUUGGCGCUGGUUUGAUGAUGUUGUUCGAUGUCAACACGUCCACCGGCCGCUGGGUCGGGUACCAAUUUCUGUACGGCUUUGGUGUUGGCCUCGGUUUCCAACAGGGCGGCGUGGCCGCACAGGCUGCGCUGCCGUUUAAAGACGUGGCCGUCGGCACGACUGUCGUACUCUUUCUACAAAUCUUGGGUGGCUCACUGUUCGUAUCAGUGGCGCAGAAUUUAUUCACAACUCACUUGAUCAAGAAUAUCCUUGCUCUGGGUCUUGCCGACCUGAACCCUGCAGACAUCGUGGCUGCAGGUGCGACAGGGAUACGAAGUCUUGUUAGUGAGGCCGAGCUCCCAGCGGUACUAGGUGCCUACAACAAGGCUCUUGUGACCGUUUUCGAAGUUGGUACCAUUACUGCCGCAAUCAGCAUCCUCGGUGCAGUUGGAGUGGAGUGGAGGAGCAUCAAGGCGGAGAAGAAGCCGGUCAUAGCAGCCGAGGAGCCGAUUGUUGCAUGAUCGUAUGCUUGGAGGGCAAGAAGUGGUUACAUUAGUUCCGGUUUUGCAAGUUACCGCACAUGGCCGAGAUGAGAGUCUGGCAGGUUCGUAGGCAGCAACUGAAACGCGCUUUCGGACUGUAUGUUGUGAAGACAAUGUGGAGCGUAUCCAUCGGUGUUAAGAUCGUCCAAUCUAAGGCAGGCGUACUAUAACGAGUGCUGUUAUAGCUCUAUCGUAUCGUACCUUGAGAGCCUGGAGAGCAGCAGGACUAGGAGGGCCGAGUUUGCUGCGCAAUAAAGGCUUUCGCCUCACUUUAACGUAGUCGCUUCCUCCACUCCCAC